AUGUCCACGACGAAGAUUGUUGAUCCUGCCCGGGCGGCAGAGAGCAACUUACCAUAUAUCCUCGGGGUCACGGGUGCUGUUCACGGGGUCGCCUUGAUCAUUGCAGCGCUUCGGAUAUACGCCAGAGUUGUGAUACUAAAGGCAGCCGGGAAAGAUGAUCUCACUAUGGCCUUAUGUAUUCUAUGUACUUUCGGUGGCAUGCUGUGCUUUAUCCUUCAGGGAUACGUUGGGCUGGGAAAGCAUCAAGACACCAUAGCUGUUGCAGAUAAGACCGUGUUUGAUCACAUAGCAUUCUUCCAGUCCUUGAUCUCAGCUAUGGCCGCACUUGGCCUCCUGAAGAUCUCGAUAGCAUUCUCUCUUCUGCGCUUGAGCACAAAUAAGUGGUACUCACGUUCUUUGUGGGCUCUAAUCGGCUUCGUUGUCACUUAUACUAUACUCGCAUGGUUGACUUUGUUGCUGCAAUGCACGCCGAUGAGUGGAUUCUGGGAUAAGUCGACGAAACCUCAGUGCUACAGCAUUUUGCUUUUUAUAAAGUUUGGUCUUGCAAACACAGGAUUCAACAUCUUCACCGAUGUUUGCUUCGCAACAUUACCGAUACCGAUCAUCAUGAAUUUGCAGUUAAAACUACGGGUCAGGAUUUACUUGAUUAUAAUUCUUAGCCUGGGCUACUUUGCCGUCGCCUUGGGCGUCGUAAAAGCCUAUUUUCAGAUUCGCUUCGCUACAGAUACAGAUAAGACAUUCACACAAAGUAUUCAGUUCUACGGCUUUUUGCAGCUCAACGUCGGAAUCAUCGCUGCCUGCGCUCCGACCCUCAAGCCUAUUGUCGGCAAGGCCCUGAAGCUAUCCUCCUACGGCACUUACGGAAACUACAACGACCUGUCCAAAUAUGGAAAUCCAGCCCGGGCCACGGGCCGGAGCGGGGGCCUCAGUCGCAGUCGCCCGGCGGACGUCGAGGCCGAGUUCGAGAUGCACCGGCGACCGUUUGCCAACAACGACGAGUCAUACCGUACGAGUAUAAAGGGUGGCCAGGGCGCCGUUGUGACUGGGUCCGUAUACCCUUCGACACAUGGAGAUGGAGACAGAUCAGGGAGCGAAGAGUAUAUCCUGCAAGGCGCGAGGAAUAACGGGAAGAACGCAAUCGUUAUGACGACUGAGAUCACCGUGCAAAAAUGA